UCGAUCAAUAAUAAUCUCUUCGGAUAACUCUGUUCAUCUACGAUUAGAGAACGAGAGGUUUAAGGCUGCUUCUCAAAACCCUGGCCUCACUCCCCGGCCAUAACCCCUUCAAUCUUCACAUUUUACUCCUAUCUUCACAUCUCAAUCCUCAAGGAGAGGAUACUUAUUCAGGUCUGUUUCUUAUCUCAAUCAUGUUCUUCAUUUACAUUUUAAUGAAUUGAUUUUAAUUUUUAAUUUAUUCAAUUUUCCUUUUAAGAUGGACUCUAAGCUCUUCAUUUCUUCAUUUAAAUCCACCAAUCCCACUCCUUUACCACUAUUUCUCUCUUGCAAAUCUUCGAUUCCUAAAAAACCCAUCUUUUUCCAAAAACCCCAUUUUUGUAGUUCUUCUAAAUUGCUUCCAAGUUCUUCGUUUUUGGGGCAUAGUUUGAUUUUGAUGAAUCAUGGAUUUGGGUUUUGCAAAACAAGGAAAACCCAUGUCCCACUUUCACCAAUUAGAGCUGUUGUUAAGAGAAGGAAAGAAAUGCCAUUUGAUAAUGUUAUUCAAAGAGAUAAAAAGCUUAAAUUAGUGUUGAAAAUUAGGAAGAUUUUGGUGGGUUAUCCUGAUAGAGCAAUGCCUCUUAGAGAGUUGGGUAAGUAUAGGAGACAAUUGGGUGUACAGAGGGGGAGACGUUUUAUCGCCUUGUUAAAGAAGUUUCCAGCUGUGUUUCAGAUAGAGGAAGAAGGGGCAUACUUGCUUAGGUUCAGAUUAACACCUGAGGCUGAGAUGUUGUAUUUUGAGGAAUUGAAGAUUAGGAAUGAAAUGGAAGCUUUGCUAGUUGUUAAGUUGAGGAAGUUGUUGAUGAUGUCCUUAGAGAAAAGGAUUUUGUUGGAAAAGAUUGGGCAUUUGAGAAAUGAUCUUGGUCUUCCUCUGGAAUUCAGGGACACCAUUUGUCAUAGAUAUCCACAGUACUUUAAGGUUGUUGAAACUGAUAGAGGUCCGGCCUUGGAAUUGACUCAUUGGGACCCUGAGCUUGCGGUUUCAGCUGCCGAGAUGGCUGAAGAGGAUAAUCGCAUUCGAGAGUUGGAAGAGAAGAAUUUGAUUAUAGAUAGGCCUUUGAAGUUUAAAAGAGUACAGCUACCUAAGGGUUUGAAACUGUCUAAAAAUGAGAUGAGAAGGAUUUCUCAGUUCAAAGACAUGCCUUAUAUAUCACCAUAUUCGGAUUUUUCAGAGUUGACUCCUGGUACACCAGAGAAAGAGAAGCAUGCUUGUGGAGUUGUUCAUGAGAUUUUGAGCCUCACUGUUGAAAAGAGAACUCUUGUUGAUCACUUGACUCAUUUUCGGGAAGAGUUUCGGUUUUCACAACAGCUGAGGGGGAUGCUAAUAAGGCAUCCCGAUAUGUUUUAUGUUUCUCUUAAAGGGGAUAGAGAUUCGGUUUUCCUUCGUGAAGCAUAUCGAGGUUCAUACUUGGUUGACAAGGAUAGGUUGCUGCUUGUGAAGGAGAAGAUGCGGGCUCUUGUUAAUGUACCUCGCUUUAGGAGGAGGGGUGCUUCAAAGAGUGAUGAUGAAAUAGAAGAAACAGGUGAACAAGAUGAAAUUAGUGAAGGAGAGGAAGGGGAGUGGUCAGAUUUUGAUAAUGUUGGUAGUGAUGAGUUUGAUGACGAUGAAGAAGAUGAAAAUGGUGAUGAUGAUGAUGACGAUGAUUAUGAGGAUAUAUGGAACAGUGAAGAUGAUACUCCCCCUGAUUUCGAUGAUGAUAAUGAUAGUGUGAGGGUUAAAGUGAGCAAGUCAGAAGAACACCUUGAUCCCUCACCAUUAAAUGAUGAUGAAGGGCGUGUUCCUGUGUUCCCUGAUGGCCGACCAAGGGAACGGUGGUGAAAAAACAAACACUGUAAAUCAUACAAUGGGAAUCUAUCACGCUGCAACCGUUCCAGCACUUGCUGCAAGUGGCUUCAGUCAGUGUUUUGUGUCGAUAGCAGAGUCCUUCCUCGAGGAAAGAAGUACACUGAGGCAGUAAGACAUUGAUGGAAGAUUGAUUUUCUUUGAUGUAGAAUAGGUCAAUUUAAGUAGAAUAGAAAUUAUGCUCCCUUGUUACCUACUAUAAGCUUGUUUAUUAGUAAUGAUUGAUAUGUUGCUACUAGAAAAGAUAUGGUGUGGAAGGCUAUGUGACAUAAUUUGGAUUGUUGCAAAAAUACUAGUCCAGUAGUCGUUAUUAAUCUAUAUAUGAGCAUUUCAUAA